AUGGGGCGGCCGGGGGGGCUCUUGCUGCUGCCGCUGCUGCUGGCGGCCCCGGGGGCGGCCGGGACAGGGUCCUGCGAGCCCCAGGCGUCCUGCGAGGCGUGUGUCCGCUCCCACCCGCGAUGCGCCUGGUGUGAGGACCCGGAUUUCACGCGGGGGGGGCAGGCAGAAGCCACCCGCUGCGCCCCGCGGGAGGCCCUGGAGCGAGCUGGGUGCCCCCCCGGCGCCGUGGUGGAGCCCCGCGGCAGCGUGCGGGUGCUGGAGGAUGAGGAGCUGGGUCCCGGGGGGGGCCGGGGGGGGCCCACCCAGCUGCGGCCCCAGAGCAUCCAGCUGCUUCUCCGGCCGGGGGAGGAGCAGAGCUUCCAGGUGCGGUUCCGGCGGGCGCAAGGCCACCCCGUGGACCUCUACUACCUGAUGGAUCUCUCCUACUCCAUGAGGGACGACCUGGAGAACGUCCGCAAGCUGGGCAGCGACCUCCUGGCCGCCCUACGCAACGUCACCUCCUCCGUCCGCAUCGGUUUCGGCUCUUUCGUGGACAAGACGGUGCUGCCCUACGUCAGCACGGUGCCCUCCAAACUGCGUAACCCCUGUCCGGAGCGGCAGGAGCCCUGCGACCCCCCCGCCGCCUUCCGCCACGUCCUCUCCCUCACCGCCGACGCCGGGGAGUUCGCCGAACGCGUCAGCCGCCAGCGCAUCUCCGGCAACCUGGACGCACCCGAGGGCGGCUUCGACGCCAUCAUGCAGGUGGCCGUCUGCGAGGAGCGCAUCGGCUGGCGCCCCGUCACCCGCCUGCUGGUCUUCGCCUCCGACGACACCUUCCACACGGCGGGGGACGGCAAACUGGGUGGCAUCGUCGUCCCCAGCGACACCCGCUGCCACCUUGAUGCCAGCGGCGUCUACACCAAAAGCCACCUCUAUGACUACCCCUCGGUGGGCCACUUGGCCCAAGUGCUUUCGGCCGCCAACAUCCAGCCCAUCUUUGCCGUGACGGGUCCCACCGUGCCCGUCUACCAGGAGCUGAGCCGCCUGAUCCCCAAGUCGGUGGUGGGGGAGCUGCGGGAGGACUCCAGCAACGUGGUGCAGCUCAUCGCUGACGCCUACAACAGCCUCUCGUCCACCGUGGAGCUGCAGCACUCGCCGCUGCCCCCUGGCAUCAGCCUCAGCUACGAGUCCCACUGCGGGGGCCCCCCCGGCCCCCCCCGGCCCCAUGGGGGCCUCUGCACCGGCGUCCGUGUCAACCAGGAGGUGACCUUCACGGUGCGGGUGCAGGCGGGGGUCUGCCUGGGGUCCCCGCAGCGGGUGGGACUGCGGGUGCUGGGCUUCACCGAGGAGCUGAGCCUGGAGCUGGGCACCCUCUGCGGGUGCUCCUGCACCCACCACCAGCCCCAGGCCCCCCUCUGCCACGGCGGCACCCUCCUCUGCGGGGUCUGCAGGUGCCCUGGGGGCCGUCGGGGCCGUCGGUGCGAGUGCGAGGGAGCGGCGGCGGAGGCGGCGGAGGCGGCGGGGGGCUGCCGGCCCCCCAACAGCACAGGGCCCCCCUGCAGCGGCAGAGGCCAGUGCGUCUGCGGCGCCUGCGAGUGCCCCCCUGGGCUCAGCGGGACCCUCUGCCAGUGCGACAACAGCGGCUGCGAGCGCCAUGAGGGGCUGCCCUGCGGAGGCCCGCAGCGGGGCAAGUGCGUGUGCGGGACGUGCCGGUGCCACGAGGGCUUCGGGGGCAGCGGCUGCGGUUGCCCCCUGGGCCGGGGGGGCUGCCUGCACGGUGGCCGGGAGUGCAGCGGCCACGGGCGCUGCGUCUGCGGGAGCUGCCUCUGCCAGCCCGGCUACGUGGGACCCUUCUGCGCCCGCUGCCCCUCCUGCCGCACCCCCUGCCAGCGCCUCCGGGACUGCGCCGACUGCAGUGCCUUCGGGCUGGGGCCGCUGCGGGGGAACUGCAGCCAUGCCUGCGCCCAUGUCACCACCCGGGUGCUGCCCGCGCCCCCCCCGGACCCCCACGCCUGGUGCCGGGAGAAGACUGAGGAUGGCCGCGUCCUCCUCAUCCUCAUCGAGGGGGAGGGUGGCGAGGAUGAGGAUGAGGACAGGGAGGUGACGCUGACCGUCUGGGUUGAGGAGGCCGGGGCGGAGGGCACGGCGGGGCUGGUGGCCGGGCUGGUGGCCGGGACGGUGGCACUGGGGCUGCUGGUGCUGGGGCUGUACCGCAUCGCCACCGAGGUCUACGACCGGCGGGAAUUUCGGCGCUUCCAGCGGGAACGCCAGCACGCCCGCUGGAACGAGAACAACCCCCUCUUCAGAAGUGCCACCACCACCACCGUCAACCCCAGUUACCGGCCGGGCUGAGGGGACAACGGGGACACCCCGAAAGCCACCCCAACCCCACUGUGUCCCCAGGGACACCCCCCCCCCCCCCGCUGUGCUGGAAGACU